CUUUCUCUCUCUAUCUCCACUGCUAGAUCUCACUCUCUCUCUGCCACAGUAGUGUAAGCUCUUUCUCUCUCUCUCUCUCUCUCUCUAUACUCCCAUUUCCCCCUUUUCCCCAUUUCCCCAUUUUUCUCUCUCUUGGUUCCAUCUCCUUCAACUCCUCCCACCAUUACCCCUCUCCCAUUCCUUUCAAAGUUGAGAUUUUUUAUCUUCUUCUUCUUCUUCUUCUUCUUCAAAGAUUUGAUUUUUUUUUUCCCCUGCUGAUCAUUUCACCUUCCCCUCCUCCACUGUAAAGCCUAUGUUGAACUGCAUGAACAGGUCUUAGAGAUAGAGAGUAAAAGAGAGAGUGAUAGAGAGAGAGAGAGAGAGAGAGUGUGUGUAAGAGAUUCACAUGUUCAUGAUCCUGGUGAUGAUGACGAUGAUGAUGAUGGCGAUGGUGAUGGUGUUGAUCCCUCCUUUCCCCCUUUUGACCGCCGCAUCGUCCUCCUCCACCAUUCCCACCACUUUCAUCCUCACCACUACCUCCUCCUCCUCCUGCUCCUCCUCCUUCCCCCCGACCCCAAAAUCUCACCAUUUGUGAACCCCCCCUUCCCUCCACCAACUCUCCUUCUCCUUCUCCUUGCUCAAAAAGUCGCAAGCUUUGUGGUGAUCUCUUCUUCGCAGAGGUAAUGCCUCAGCUCCAGCACCAGCACCACGGCCACCAGCACCACGGCCACAACCACUCCUCUCCGUGGAAGCUGGAUGGCGCCGCCCCCGCCGCCGUGCUGGAUCUCGAGACCGCCGUGAAAGACGGGAUCUUGGGGGGCGGAGUCGGCGGCGGGGGUGGGGAGAAGAAGGCGGCGGCGGCGGCGGAUCUGCGGAAGAUGAUGGAGGAGCUGGAGGCGGCGGCGGCGGAGGAGGAGGCGGGGGAGGGGGAGGGGGAGGGCAACGGGAGCAGCGGCGACGACGGUGGUGGUGGGUCGGUGCCGGCGGUGUUCAUCUGCCCGAUAUCGCUGGAGCCGAUGGUGGAUCCGGUGACGCUGUGCACGGGGCAGACGUACGAGCGGGCGCACAUCGCGCGGUGGCUGGGGAUGGGCCACCUGACGUGCCCGACGACGAUGCAGGACCUGUGGGACGGGGGGUCGCUCACCCCCAACCGCACCCUGCACCACCUCAUCCUCUCCUGGUUCUCCGCCCGCCACCUCCGCCUCAAGAAGCGCUCCGCCGACGUCCUCGGCCGCGCCGCCACCCUCCUCGACUCCCUCCGCGGCAAGCUCAAGUCCCCCGCCCGCGCCCACGCCCUCGCCCUCCUCCGCCGCCUCGCCCUCGCCCACCCCUCCGUCCGCGCCCACCCCGACCUCCUCCCCACCGUCGCCGCCCUCCUCGGCCCCCUCACCCCCCACGCCGUCGGCGCCGAGGCCGCCCACCUCCUCGCCCUCCUCCUCUGCCCCUCCCCAUCCUCCCCAUCCCCAUCCCCAUCCCCAUCCCAAUCCCAAUCCCAAUCCCAAUCCCAAUCCCAAUCCACCACCUCUUCUUCUUCUUCUACUACCACUACCACUGCUGCUGCUGCUGCUGCUGCUGCUGCCACCACUACGACCACCUCCGCCGCCGCAGCAGCUGCUCAAGCAGUGCAGCUGCUGCUCCAGCCCCAGCGCUUCGCCCUCCUCGUCGACCUCCUCGGCGACGGCGCGCCCGACACCAAGCUCGCCUGCGCCCGCCUCCUCCUCGCGCUGUCCCAAGACCCCGCCUUUCGCCCCGAAUCCGCCGCCAGCCUCCGCCUCUUCGCCGCGCUCCUCCGCCUCGUCCGCGACCGCCGCCGCCACCCCGCCGCCGCCGCCGCGGCCCUCGCCCUCAUCAAAUCCCUCUGCUCCGCCGCCGCCGCCGCCGCCGACCAACACAACAACAACAACAACAACAACAACGGCCGCGUGCUAUCCAUGCUCGUCACCGUGGGCGCCGUGCCCACCCUCCUCGACGUCUCCGACUCGGCCGCUGCGAACGUCGCCGGCAGCCCCGGCGGCGUCGGCGAGCUGUUGGAGCCCGCGCUGGGGAUCCUCGACCAGCUCGGGAGCGUGCCCGAGGGGCGGGGCGCGCUGAAGGAGUGCCCCCGCACCAUCCCCUGCGCCGUGCGCGCGCUCAUGCGGGUCUCCGAGCCCUGCACCCGCGCCGCGCUCAACGUGCUCUGGGCCGUGUGCAAGCUCGCCCCCGAGGAGUGCGCCCCCGCCGCCGUCGAGGCCGGCCUCGCCGCCAAGCUCCUGCUCGUCAUCCAGAGCGGCUGCGCGCAGGAGCUCAAGCAGCGCGCCGCCGAGCUGCUCAAGCUCUGCAGCCUCAACUACAACGCCACCCACUUCAUCUCCAAGUGCAAGCUCACGCGCACCAUACAGUGACACUCUCCCGCAUCCAAGGCGUUCGAUGUAUUGCCCCUGAGAACUAAAUUUUUGAAUCUGGAUCUAAAUCUGAAUUUGAGUCUGAAUCUGAUUGAGCAGCAGCAGAGGACGGAUCAUCGACAUAAGUAGAAGCAAGCAAGCAAGCUCCUCCGCGCUUUUCGGUCCUGUAUAAAGAUGCAUACUUUGUGUAAUGUAAGUCUCUUUCUCUCCCUCUCUCUCUCUCUCUCUCUUCCCCUCUCCUUACCUCUCUGUUCCUAUUGAUCAUUGCUCUUCUAAGUAGCCAAAGAAGCAGCAGCAUUUGGAAAAGCAGAAGCUUUUCUCCCCCUCCUCCUCAGUAAAAGCUCAUGAAGCACUCCGGGAAGAAGCAAAAUUUGCAGAGCGGGGCGGAGGGGGGAUCGAAUUCCCCGCCCCCGCCUCCGCCUCCGCCUCCUUUUCUUCUCUCCCAAUGUGAUCAAUUUUGAGAAUGUGGAUCUUUCUCUCUCUUUCUCUCUCUUUAUAGCUUUGUGUAAAUCUCUUCUGAUGUAAUUGAUAAACUGUGCGGAUUCUAUACCAUAUUAUCAUUCCUUCGAUCG